GAAUUUAUUCACGUUAUAACCUUUAACUUUUAUUAUUUCCCCUUAUAAAUUUAAUUAAAGAAAUUCAGUUUAAAUAUGAGAUUUACCAUAAUAAUCUCUUUGCUCAUUUUAGUUUCAUCUUCCUACGGAAAAUCUUGUGAUAACGAAUAUGUAAAAGUAAAAAUUUGGAAGUUUAAAUCAACAAUUCCACCUGCAAAAGAUUUGAAACUUGAAGAAAACACAACAUUAUUAUUACCUAAUUCAUCCUCACCGAUUUUGUGUUGUAACCUUUUAAUCUUUAUUUUUUCACAUCCGGAUCAUUUUGAACAUCGCGAAGCAAUUAGAGAAUCAUGGGGAUCUUAUGACAGAGUAAAAAAUAACACUGUUUGUAAGAGAUUUUUUGUGGGAAUUACAAAUAAUGAAGACAUUCAAAGUAAACUCAACGAUGAAUAUUAUGAGUAUAACGACAUUGUUCAAGUGAAUUGUACAGAAUCAGAUGCUACAACAAAAUCUCUUCUGAUGUUAAAAGUGAUUUAUCUCUAUUAUCAAAAUUGUACUGAAUUUAUUUUGAAAACUAUUGACAGUGUUUAUAUAAAUUUGGAACCUAUAUGGAACAUUUUGCCUAAACUCCCACAUUUAUUUCUAGCUGGAAAUUUACAGGUAGAAGAAAUCGCAACGAAAUGUACAGAAAAGUGUAGCGACAAAUACUAUCCAAGAUACUUAUUAUCUUCCCUAUGGUUAAUGUCUCUUGAUACGGCUAUAAAGUUGUUUAAAACCGCUGCAACAACACCUUAUUUUGAAAUUGAAGAUGUUUAUAUUACUGGUUAUUUAGCGGAAAAAUUAUCGAUAAACAGAACUGAUUUUCCUAUGUUUACAUAUAUUGAGAACAAAAUAAAUCCUUGCAUUCUUAAAAAAAUUGUUAUUUCACAAAACAUGACACCAAAUGAUAUAAUGAUGGUUCACAAAAAAUUAACGGACGUAAACUUGAAUUGCACAAAGACAAUAUGCAAUUUACCAACCCCUCAAGUAAAUCCUAAUUUUUCCGACGAUGUCAAGUGUUUUAAUUUAGAUACUUUUAAAACUUUGAUACUCCCAAAAAAUUUUUGUCGUAAAUCGUCAAAUUUAUUAAUUAUAAUAGCAUCGGCUACCAAAAAUAAUCUUCGUAGAGAUACCAUAAGAGAAACAUGGGGUAACUUGCGUUCGGAACGAAAAGCACAAAAAUAUUUUCUUCUAGGAAAUGAUAAUUUAAAAAUUCAGGAAUUGAUAUUAAAAGAAUCGUACUUCUACCAAGAUAUUAUUCAAGUUGACUUUGAAGACACAAAGUACAAUUUAACACUUAAAUCUAUCGUGAUGUUAAAAUUAGUAACCACGUUUUGUAAGCAAAAUGUUACAUAUCUUGUAAAAACUGACGACGAUAGUUAUAUUAACGUAAAUUAUUUGGAAUGGGUUUUAAUGAAGCGAGAACCAAAAAGAGUACUGGUUGGGGUACUUUAUAAAAAUUCACCUAGGCGAACGAAUACGAUAGAUAAAUGGUACAUCCCUAAAAAUAUCUACAAAAAGAAACACUAUCCCAAUUAUCUUUCAGGGGCAGGAUACGUAAUGUCGAUGGACGUAGCAAAUUUGCUUUAUCAAAAAUCAUUUGAAGAAAUGCUUUAUGUCCUAGAAGACGUUUUUAUUACAGGAAUGUUAGCAAAGGCUGUUAAUAUAAAACCGUGUACUUUUCAUGGAUAUGAAAUGGAGCAACGUCCUAAAAAAAUUGAUUGGCCGAAAUGCAGUUUUAGUAGUUUUGUAAUAUCUCAUCCUAGAACAAGUAUAGAUAUGAACGAUGUCGAUGAUUUAGUCAAGUUGGCCCAAUCGUCUAAUUGCAAAAAAUGUUAUCAUUUACCUCAAUGUUGAAUUUUAUUAUGUGAAAAUUCAAAAUUAAAAAUG